UUUCCAUUUCAAACAUGAGCAGUACUGCCAGUAGCUUGCAUUUUAUUCCAUGUCUUGAUUGGCAGAGGAGAAAACAGCAAAACUUCAUGGAUUGGUAGAAAGAGUAUGCCUGCGGUGUUGUAGAAGUGUAAUUAUUUGAUAGAGUGGCGAUCAUGGCAUUCGCGGUUUCUUUGGCGUUGGCUCUCGUCGGAGUUGCUACGUAUCUAGGAACAUGCUUCACUUUGCUUUACGCAGCACUAUUUCUUCUGUAUCCUCCUGGUGAUACCAGUGUUGGGAACACACAGUCAGACGUUGUGUAUGCCUUUCUAGUGGACCUUUCUCUCCUCGCUGCCUUUUCACUUCAACAUUCUGUUCUGGCGAGUGAAUCCGUUAAGAAUUUGUUCGAUCGAAUUGGUCUGAAAUCCAUGCAGAGGGCUGUCUAUGUGGCCAGCACGUCAGCUGUGAUGCAGGCGCUAAUGCGACUGUGGCAGCCUAUUGGUAGCUGGUACCUGUGGAAGGUGGAAUCAUCAUCCAGCGUGCAGUACGUGUUGAUUGCGCUGCAUCUCCUGGCCUGGUUCACCAUGGCGUGUAGCAGCCUGGCUCUGGACUGUCCCGAACUACUAGGCAUGAAGCAGAUCUACUAUUCGCUGCGAAAUCUUGAAUGUCCCAUGGACUACAAGUCGCCGACGGUGCGGCGUUUGUAUAGCCACUGUCGUCACCCCAUACUCAUACCACUGCUGGUGCUGGUUUGGGCAGCGCCUGUCAUGUCCGUCGACCGGCUUGUUCUGGCCACGUGUGUGCCCUUGUACCUUUUGGCACGCAGCGGCCUGGACUGGGACGAUGCGAGCUAUGUGCAUGAACAGUACCUACGCAAGCAGAUGAAACUUCACUGUCACUAGUCUGGCGCUGUUCUUGGUGGCCGUUGUGCUACGUUCCCCAAUACAACAUUGUGAUCCAGAAUUUCCUGCCAGAAUAUCCCGCAAUGCGCAGGGAGUGUGCAAAAGAACAAUUGAUGUGUGCGUCCGUGUACUUGCGCCAGGGCUCGACUGGCCCACAGAAACCAUAUUUUGAGCACCAUUGAUAUCAGCUGUUUUAGAGGCAUUGCAAUGGGACGCUUCAACAUUCUGCUUGAACCAAGCGACAGGAUUUGAUGUACUGAUUCUCUUCGAUAAGCAGACGUUUGCAGUCUAGUGUCUGGUCCAGCAGGCUUAUAUUUUCUUUCUUUCUCUUAACCACAGAGCAGUGCAUUUUGGAGAGAGAGAGUUACCGUAUCGGGGCGAAAAUGGCUUCUGCAUGUAAGUUUAGUACAGACACGUAGCCAUAUCGGGUGGAUAUUUUUUUUAUCUUGUUCGAUUUGAAUUUCUAGCUAUGUUAUUUUCUUUUUGAAUUGCCUGAACAAGAAGUUGGCUCUCUUUGUAUGCUUACAGUCUGAUAUUUCGAAUCCUAACGACCACUUGAGGUAUUGUGUUGUAAAACCAUUUUCCUGUUCUAGCGUAGUUCAGGUAGUCAGUGUGUUUGUUGUAUAAGAUGAGAGAGAGUGAGAGAGAGA